CCCCUCGCCGGGAGGAGCCUCGGGGUCUGCGCGGGGCGCAGCCGGAGGGCGCACGGCUUCAGCUCCCAGGCGCGUUGUGCAACCGCGGGGCUCGGGGGCGCGGAAAGCCAGCCGGGCCCAUAAACAAAGCCACGUGGGCUUGGCGGGGGCCGGGCCAGGCGCGGGCGGCUCUUCCGGCAACAAAGCGCAGCGGCCAGGCCCGGAUAAAUACUGGGCCCCGCGCGGCGCCGCACUCCCCAGCGCGCCCCAGGUCCCCGCGCCCCGGCGCUUCCGCGUCGCUGCCAUGCCGUUCCUGGGACAGGACUGGCGCUCCCCCGGGCAGAGCUGGGUGAAGACGGCCGACGGCUGGAAGCGCUUCCUGGACGAGAGGAGCGGCGGCUUCGUGAGCGACCUCAGCAGCUACUGCAGCAAGGAGGUGUACAACAAGGAGAAUCUUUUCAACAGCCUGAAUUACGAUGUUGCAGCCAAGAAGAGAAAAAAGGACAUACUGAACAGCAAAACCAAAACUCAGUAUUUCCAUCAAGAAAAAUGGAUCUAUGUCCACAAAGGCAGCACUAAAGAGCGCCAUGGUUAUUGUACGUUGGGGGAAGCUUUCAACAGACUGGACUUCUCCACUGCCAUUCUGGAUUCCAGAAGAUUCAACUAUGUAGUUCGGCUGUUAGAACUGAUAGCAAAGUCACAGCUCACAUCCCUGAGUGGCAUCGCCCAAAAGAACUUCAUGAACAUUUUGGAAAAAGUGGUACUGAAAGUCCUUGAAGACCAGCAAAACAUUAGACUAAUCAGAGAACUGCUGCAGACCCUCUAUACGUCCCUGUGCACCCUGGUCCAGCGAGUCGGCAAGUCGGUGCUGGUGGGGAACAUCAACAUGUGGGUAUACCGCAUGGAGGCCAUCUUGCACUGGCAGCAACAGCUGAACAAUAUCCAGAUCACCAGGCCCGCCUUCAAAGGCCUCACAUUCACAGACCUGCCCCUGUGCUUACAACUGAACAUCAUGCAGAGGCUGAGCGAUGGGCGUGACCUUGUCAGCUUGGGCCAGGUGGCCCCCGACCUGCACGUGCUCAGUGAGGACCGGCUGCUGUGGAAGAAUCUCUGCCAGUACCACUUCUCCGAGCGGCAGAUCCGCAAGCGAUUAAUUUUGUCAGACAAAGGGCAGCUGGAUUGGAAGAAGAUGUAUUUUAAGCUUAUCCGAUGUUACCCAAGGAAAGAGCAAUAUGGAGACACCCUCCAGCUUUGCAAGCAUUGCCACAUUCUCUCCUGGAAGGGCACUGACCAUCCAUGCACAGCCAACAACCCGGAGAGCUGCUCUGUUUCACUUUCGCCCCAGGACUUUAUCAACUUGUUCAAGUUCUGAUCCCAGCACGCAGUGGCACCUGCCAGGGCCUGCUGACCGAAGGCUCCGAGUCAGCGUGUGGACACUUCAUCUGUAAAUAGUGUACAUUCUAGACCUUGGCUUGCGACUCCUGGGGUCAGUCACCGAGAGGAUGCUGGAGGGGAACGAUACAUUUGCUGACGGGAAUUUAAGAACGUGAAGUUCACAAUUGGUAGAGAAAAGCAGAAAUACUGUAAAUAAACUUUUUUCCUAACAACUUACCAGAAAGACUAUAAGGGCAAGAAUUCUAUGUCAUCCGGGGAAAUAGAAUUCUCUCGAUGGUCGCGGACACUCCUGUAUAGCUGUUCCCUGGGAAGAAAUAGCAAAACUCAAAUACAAGGUAGAAUCCUCUUUGCUUAAAAUGUGAAAAUCGGUUUAGACAAAACAGAAGAAAGACAGACAAAACUACAUAUGAGAAACCCUUGGGUCUUUGGUUUUGAUUCAGUGUGUUUUGAAACGGCAAAGAAAUAGCAGCCCACCAGUGCACCCCGCAUGCGGCUCACCCUGCCAGCCACACAGUGGUCUACCUCCAAACGCAAAGCGUGCUCCGCUGCCCGCCAGCGUGCAUUCCCCAGCAGGUGGUGUCUGUGUUUCUUGUAGGUUUUUUUAUCACUAUAAAAAGUGAUUUAAAAUGGAAAGGAUAUUGGAAACCAUCCUCGAUCCUCGUCUUGCUUCAGACUUCCUUUUUAGGCAAAAGGAGGGCCCUGUCUGGAGUUUGAUCCUUCCUAAAACAAUCUGAAAGUACAUGUGCCUUUUUAUUUCCCUUCAAGUUGAAGCUCAUUGGGGAAUAUAGAAGGCUGAUUAAGAAUCGUUCCAGGGAAAUUCAUACUGCAGAAAACAGAGUUACACACCUCACAGGUGUGAAGACUUCCUUCUUCUGGUGUGACAGCUCUCCAGACUGCCUGGGUAUCUUCACGGGUGAGCCAUGUCUGAACCGACUGGAGCCCAGGUACAGAGGCCGGUGAGAGGAGCUUUCCAUCUUGACCAAGAAAACAUUUUGCCAGCCACUGUGCCAAGGGUGGCAGGCUGAAGAACUAAGGAGCUUACAUUUGAGUCCAGCAUCAAAAUUGCGUCAACAUGAGCUAGGGUCUUCUGCAAGGGGAUUAAAAAUAAAGCCUGCAGUUCCAGCCACGUGGGUACAUAAGUUCCUCUCUGGGCUGGGUAGUUAAAAAGCAAAGAGUUAAAACAUACAGAUCCCAGGGCACCUUUCGAGGCAAAUAUUAGUGGGUCACUGUGGAAGAAAGGAAAUCUCAGGAUUUAACCAGUUAGUUGUCAGCCAUGCCUGGAGGAGGCUGGGGAAGGUUUUUGUGUCUUUACUCUUUUUAUAGAAUGUUGCUUUUCUAUAACAGUGUAUGUAUAUUUGCCAUUGUAUUUGGUUUAUGUCCCGAAAUGAAGUUUCCACCCUGCAUGUCCUAGGCAGUAAGUGAAGCAGAAAGAGGAACUCAGUUUGCAUUUAUACCUGAGGAAGAGUAAACCCAUGAGUGUGGACCCCGCAGCGGGGACAGCUAAGCGUGUGGGGGAACAAGGAAGGUGCAACUGGCGAUCACAUCCUGCAGUGCUGUAGCAGCCACAGGGGAGAGGCAGACUUCUCAGGGUCCCUCCCUGUGCAGGGUUCCUGCAGAGUCCACGUCUUUCAUGAUCAUCACCGUGAGAAAAAAGUUAAAUUGCAUUUCAAUUGUCCCUAAUGAGAAAAACAAAUGUGAAAAACAGUUUUGUUGACCAAGGUUGAGUUUGGAAGGCCACAAACCUGUCAUCGCUAAGGAAUUUCAGGGGUAUUUCUGGGUUUUUUGUUUGGCUUGGUUGUUUUUGUUUUUCUUAUCUGAAUCAAUUUUAUGUCGAGAAUUCAAGGCUCAGACUCUUAAAUAGGAAGCUACUUUUCCUGUAAUUUUCAGGUUUUCUAAUACUUCUUCCCUCACAGUAUGUAACAGAGCUGUGUCUGCCAUUGCCAUGGAAAACUCUGGAAGCUUUUAGUUUAGGGAUUCAUGGCCUUUCACAUCUUCCCACCGCAUCAUGACUUCUGCUCCAUGGUGCUGAUCCAGGGAUGGAAAGUCCUUAGCUCGCACCUUCUGGUUUGCAGUCCCAGAAGCUUCACCCAUGGGGGCCUCCAGCCCAAUAUGGCUGGCACACCAGUCUCAAAGGGUGGGAGCAGCAUGCAUUCUACACCAGACCCCUGCCACAGCCCGCAUCUUCGCAAAAUGGCCCCUACCCUAGGGUAGCAUAUGACUUUCUGAAAUUUCUACCAGGAUAGUGCCUGUAUACGCUCCCCAUGUUCUUAGGUGUUAUUGGAUGUGCUGUGUGAACGAGGCAAGGAAAUUUUCUGAAGAUGAAAAAGAAAAAGCCAACACACAUAGGCCCCUUUCAUGGGAAGAGGACCACAAGGAAGAAAACGGCAGGUGGAGAGGGAGCGGGAGCAGACUGGAGAUGGCGUCUUUGGCACUGGUUUGGGUGGGGACAGUGGAAAAAGCAGAGCAGGCAGAGUGUGGUGUUCAGCUGUGUGGUUUCUGUUAGGCGUGGCCAGAGCCUCGUGUGUGUGAGUACCUGUAAGCACAGAGCUAGCAAAGCCUCAGCCCAGGGCACUGAGGUCUUCCUUGCCGUCUCAUCCAGAGCAGCCGGCCUACACAAAAACAAGGAAGCUUUGUCUCAGAACUGCUGGUGUGAGAGCAAGCCAGGGCACAGCAGUGGAAGCGGCUGGGAGAGGUAGAACCAUCCUCUACUGUACCUGCCUGCCCCGUCCUACACCCUGUGGAAGGAGAUCUAGAAAUGGGUGUUCAUUGUGCAGGAAUUCAGACUUCCAGAGAAAGAAGGGCUCCGGCCCAGCUGUGUGGGUAAGUCCACAGGGAUUCAGAGUUCACUGCAAGCAAGCAUGAAUUCUCCUGAGACAAAUGCCCAGCCUUUGGGGAAAGGAGACUGUAUCAAGCUUAGAAGAGCUCAUUUUAUGGCAAGAUCUAGCAAAUAAUUCCAGUGACAUUUUAAAUGAGAUCACAUUAUUCAGUGUUGUUACUCAGAGCAGAGGAAUCAGUUGAAUUGGUGAUAAAAAGGAACUAAAAUUACAAAGUUAGAAAUUCCCCAGUGGUGAGAUGGUUUUUGGUGGUGAUGGUCAGUUUCACCCUGAAGGGACUUGAGUCAGUUUGAGGUGGAUCGGGUUUACUCUGCAAAAAUCUUAACACAAGUGGAUUCUACUUGGAACUGUGCAGUACAGUACCAGGUAUGUAAUGUGUCACUGCCACAGCCCAUAUCUGUGAGGGUGACAAACUCUGUCCCACAAGGAGCUUGCAGUCAAUGCUGGGUUCCUGCAUCUGUUUUUAUAUAGAAGAACAGAAAGAGCUUGGAAUUUCUUUUGUCUAAGCAAGUUGUCAGGUUUACAAGGACUUUAAUCAUGGCAAGAGAUACUCAACAGUGUGUCUGUCUUAGCAUUCAAUACAAUGUUUAUUAUAAGCAUCUGAGUUUAUAUUUUUUUUUCUUCUCGGCUAUAGGGUAAUAACUUCUUGGUGUGCAGACACUAUAUUUUACAUGGGAAAUUUUUAACUAAUUUUAUGUGUGCCUUUUUUUAACUAAACUCUACCAUCAUUUUCUCUGUUGACAUCUGUUGGGGUUUUUAAUCUGUUUCCAAGUAUUUGUGUCUGUGAACUAUCUUCUCUGCCUGGAUGCUGGCCUGAAAGAGGAUUAGACUUAAAUGGACCUCAGAAAUCCCCAAACCUCCAGGCACAGGCAGACACACCGCACUGGGAUGUGUCCUGGCCUCCAGUGAUUCCAACAAACAAGAUUCCUUUAAACAUUGCGGGGCGGGGGGGGGGGGUAUUCUUGGCCUUGUUAAGGAAGGUAAACUAUGGUUUUCCAAAUCAAACUUCCAACCCGGUCUGUAGACCCAGAAGAAUGGUUAGAGAGAACAGAUCUAGUACUUCUGCCUUUCAAAAUAAAGAAGUAUGUCUUGAAGGUUAGGGGCCUUGCCUUAGCCCCAUGGCAUGUCACUCACCUGCAAGUACAUGUGCAUGGCCGAGGACCCUCAGUAUGGCAGGCUGCCCCCAGUGAUCUGGCAGUUGAGUCUCGCAGUCCCCGAUUCUCCUUGGCAUCAAGGAACCAGUAACAUUCUGUGGAUCUGUAACCGAUGGGAGUACAGUGUUCUAGUGAGCACAGCUGCUAAAGUACAUAGCAUAUUUGGACAAAUUCAUUUUCCUUUGGGUAUUUAUAUUUUAAUCACAAGAUAGCCCUGCUAUAAAGAGAUAAGAGCUGCAAAUGGCUUGUUUUCUAGAAGCAGAUUCUAAUAGCCAAGCAGACAUUUCCUCUCUGCCUACAUGAAGAGGGAUGUUGAUCCAUCCACCCUGUGUCUCCCUCUGGUGCCACCUCAGCUGCGAGACCAGUGGGUUCAGUCUCUGCUAAACCCAUCUUCACUAAGCAGUGGAUUUUUUCCACGAGGCAACAAGGUGACUGCUGGCAUUUCUCAAAGUGUCCUUGACCUCAGCAAACCUCUGAAAAUUUAGGCCUUCCUCCAUUUGGCCAAGAAGUGGAUGGCUGUUCCAAGACUCCAAACUUGUUGAACCUGCUACGUCACUUGUGGAGUUUGAGUGACUUUCCUUACGUUGGUGUACAGCUCUGUGUGUUUAGUUAGAGAUACACUAGUCUAUUAAACAGAAUGCUGCAAUCCCUGCUCUAAGCUUAAGAACCUUUGGCACCACCUUUAUCCUACCAAAUGCCAGGCACCCUGGCUAAAGGGCAUGCAUACUGUGGUCCAUGUCCUAGGCUUAGAGGCUUUAACGUACUUUUUAAAUGAGAAACACUACAGGGUUGAACAUUGUAACUAAAAGUAUACGAUUAAAUCAAUUACGUUCAAGGAUGUGUAUUAUUGUGUGAGCCGAGUCCUGUGUAAAUUACUUGCACACUUUUCUUGCAUGAUGAACUGAUUUUUACAGUUGUUUGUACCAGACAGUGGCAUAUUUUUGUAAAAAUUUUUGACACUGAAUUGCAAUAAAUGUUUUUCCAACAACA